UUUCCAAAUUCAAAAAUGUCCAAAACAGAAGAAGAGUUGAAUUACGAAUACAAGGAAUUACAGAAGAAGACCAAGCAGAUCAUGCAUGACCGGAAGUUGUACAAUGAAGAAACCCAAGCUAGGCUCAAGAAGCACAAGAACUUGAUAGAGUCCUUAGAGGAUGAGAAUGAAAAGUUAAGGAAUGACUUGAUCGCACAAGCAAACCAACUCACUCGGGUAAAGUCCUCGACUGCUCAACAAAACCUCCUCAAAGCGACAGAAGAGAUUAAGAAUAUUAAGGAGAAAAUAGAGGAAGAGACUUUCAGUCAACAGAAAAUGGAGGAAGAUAUCGCAACUCUGCGUGAAAAUAUAUUUGAAAAACAAAAGAAACAGAAAGGACAGAACGGGACGAAUCAAAGGCAUUCUCAGUUCCAGAAGCAGAUCAGAAUUCUAGAGAACAGGCUUGAUAAAGCCAACCAGAAGUUUAAUGAAGCAAUUGCAAAGAACAAAUAAGUUAAGAGAGAAUAUAGACUCUUUAAGAAGAGAAAGGGUUAUUUUUGAUAAUAUUUACAGAAAACUUGAGAAAGAACUCCAUUCAAAAAGAGAAAGAAUGGCUAAUAUAAUAGAAGAGGCUAACACAGCCUAUGAGCAGAGAGAUACUGCCCAAGAAGACCUAGCCACGCUUAUCCAACAAGCAGAGAGGGAGAAGAUUGAGUUUGAAAAAGGGCUCAAAGAAGUCAAUGAAAGCAUGAAGAAAUUCAAUGAAAUGAGUGAUUUCAUGAAGAACAAGAAUAAUGAGAAAGCUGAACUUGAGAAGAUGAACAUUGACCAUAAGAAUAUCAACGAUGAUGACACCCAGCAGCUUGAUAAUCUCAACCAGAAUAAGGAUAAACAGAAUACUGCUAGUGCUAGUCUGUUAGAGAAGGUAGAAAGCUAUGAAGAAACUUUUGCUAAAAUAGAAUCCGCUACUGGAAUUCAUGAUAUUGAUGAACUUAUUAACACUUUUAAAUUUGUCAACGUUCUCAGUACUGACAUUGACUCUACAGAGAAGCAGAUCAAUGAGAUGAAGGCUGAACUAGAGGAAUACCGAAACCAAGGUGAAGCUGCUGAUAAUCAGAAGAGAAAGAUCCUCAAUGAUCUUGAAGAGAAGCUUCUCAAAGUUAACAAGAAAUGAGAGGCUCUUGAAGAUGAGUACCAAGAAAAUCUCCAAAAACUUGACCAUAUUAAGGCUGGAGUCGAAAGUAUUUUCGCAACUCUUGGUUGCAAUGUUGAUGACUACACAGAUCUUCUCGGAUCCCAAGGAGUCACUGAAUCAAAUCUGAUGGUUUACUUAGGAAUAAUUGAGCAGAAUAUUAACGAAAUUAUACAAGCUUAUGCGUUCAUAAUGAUUCAGAAGUUCAAGGAUGAAAAUAACGGAGAUUUGGACAAAGAUGACCCAUAUGUAUCUUCUCUCCAAAACAUGCUUACAGUUGGGCCUACUCAUGAGCCAAUGCAUAUCAGACCAAUGGUUGAACCACCUCUAUACUAUGAUGAUCUCUCCGAUGAUGGAAUCAGUGAUGGAGACAAUGCUAAGCCACUGAAGUUUGAAGAGUUUCAAAAGAGAGUGCAGCAGAUGGAAAAUUAACAAAAUCAAUUUCGAGAAUUAUCA